AUGUCGACUAACAAGGAAUUGGGAGAGCUUGGAGACUUGGACAAAGCCAAGUAUUUAGCUAAAAAGGGAGAGGUGCAAGAAACCGUCGCUAAGCCAAACUUAGGCAAGCCAGAGCUGCUGCUGCAUCCUAAGUUAGAAGGAAAGACUGAGGGCCAGCUUGGGAAGACCGAAGGCCAGGCUGCAAAGACAGAAGGACAGCUUGGAAAGACAGAAGGUCAACUCGGUAAAACUGAAGGCCAACUCGGUAAAACUGAAGGCCAGCUUGGAAAAACUGAAGGUCAGCUUGGUAAGACUGAGGGUAAUGCCAAUGCUGGUAAGACUGAAGGACAGUUAGGCAAGACUGAAGGCCAGUUGGGCAAAACUGAAGGAGACCUUGCAAAGACAAAGUGA